UAAUGAUGUUUUCUGCUUAGAUCAUACAAACAGAGGAAACAUGUUAACAGAGAGAAGUGUAAGACUCAUUUGUAGACGUGUUGAGAGCUGGAAAAAGGAAACUCUUGGUUUUAAUCAACAUGCAGUAGUUGUCUUGUAGACAGGAUUUGGUAGAAACUUCAUUCAGAUUCUAGACGACUGUUGAUGGUUUUAUAUUAGCUAUUCACCAGCAGUUGUACAUCUUACUUUCUUAUGUUGUACAUCAUCUCUGUAAUUCCCUCCUUCACUGCAGUGCUGUGUUCUCUCCUCUACACUGGACGAGCUCAAGAUGCUGUUCUGACUAUUGAACCCAGUUGGUUGACUUUUUUUGCUGGAGAGUUUGUUACCUUCAUAUGUGACAUGAGGGAAGGAAGAAACGAUGACUGGGAAUACAAAAUCAUCAAGGAUAGUUGGGAUCUUGGUUCUUACGAUACACACCAAUCUUACACAUUAUAUCCUCUGCAAACCUAUCACACUGGUGAAUAUCAGUGUCGUGGUCGACGUAAAUCCUCAAAUGUAACAAAGGACAGUAAUAUUGUCUCUUUAACUGUAUCAGCAUAUAAACCCAAACCCAGACUGGUUCAAAUCUCAAAAACCACACCAGUAGGAGGAAGUGUGACUCUGAGCUGCUCUGUGGAGAACUCUGCUGGAUGGAAAUACGACUGGUUCAGACGAACCUCAAACACAAAUGAAGUUCAAGUCAGAGCAAAUGAUGUAAAUGGAUUUAUCGGAGUCUCACAGGGAGGCAUCUACAGGUGCAUAGGAUCAAGAGGAGAACCAACCUUCGAUACUGACAUCAGUGAUCAAGUCAUCUGUGAGAUAACCUUUACAAACAAGGUUGUUGUGAUUCAACAACCCAACUGGCCUCAGAUAUUCAGAGGUGAGACGAUCACUCUGACAUGUGAGGUUCAGGGAGGUGAAACCACUGAGUGGGGGUAUGAAUGGAGAAGAUCUGGUUCAGAUACACCAUGGAAACAUGAGAAAACGUGGACUUUCACUGCUUCUGAGUCCAGCAGUGGAGACUACACAUGUAAGACCAGACGCAGAGACGACCCGUAUUCUUCAACAGAGACGAGUGAAGCCCUCAGAUUGUUGAUAUCAGAUGAACCAAAGACCCAACUGAGAGCCGACACCAGACUCAUCCCAGUUGGAGGCAGAGUGACUCUGAGCUGCUCAGUGAACCCGUCAUCAUCUGGUUGGAGAUACUACUGGUACAGAGACGAGGAAUCCUCUGAACCCCUGACUUCACCAGAUGCUGUUUUCCAGUCAGAUGGACAAAUCAGUGUCUCACAGGGAGGAAUCUACUGGUGCAGAGGAGGAAGAGGAGAACCAGUUUACUACACAACCUUCAGUGAUCCAGUCAACAUUUACGGAGCUGCUCCAAACAGAGCAGUUGUGACUCUGCACCCCAACUGGCCUCAGAUAUACAGAGGAGAGAAGAUCACACUCCGAUGUGAAAUCCACGGAGGAAACACUGAGUGGGAGUAUGAAUGGACGACCAGCAGCUCAAACAAACCACCAAAUCUAAAUGAAUUCACUAUUCCAGUUUAUUCAUCAAACGCUGGAACCUACAAGUGUAAAGGCAGAAUGAAAAGUAAAAAUAUUUCAACAGAUUGGAGUGAUUCCUUCAGUUUGACAAUAUCAAAAACAUCCAUACCUGUCCUCUCUGUGUCUCCAUCAUGGCUGAGUCCUGGAGUCUCAGUGACUCUGAGCUGUGAGGUCAAACAUCCGUCUGCAGGAUGGAGCUUCUACUGGUAUAAAGCUCUUCCUCAACUACCAAAUCUGUCCUACAUCUAUGAGCUGCUACCUGGUAGCACCAGCGGGACUGCACAGGACUCCUACAUCAUUGAUGGACAGACACACACAGCAGGAUAUGCAUGUAGAGCUGGACGAGGAGACCCAGUGAUCUACACUCAUUACAGUCAGACUAAGAUGGUCUGGUCUGCAGAUCCUCAUCCUUCAGCGUCUCUCACAGUAAGUCCUGACAGAGUUCAACACUUCAGCUCUGACUCCGUCUCACUGACCUGUGAGGGAAACUCGACUGAGUGGAGAGUGAGGUUGACUCUUAACAACUACACGUCUACCUGUUCCUACUGGGGGACAAUGAUCGGAUCAACAUGUGUCAUUAAUAGACUGCAGCACAGAAAUACAGUGUUCUGGUGUGAGUCUGGAUCAGCAUUCAGCAACGCAGUCAACAUCACUGGACAGAAUAAUGACGGUAUCAUCCUGGUGAACCCCGUCCAUCCUGUGACUGAAGGAGCUUCUGUUAGUCUGAGCUGCAGACUGAGACGACAAAAUCUACUUUCCAGUGUGUUUUUCUACCACAAUGACAAACUUAUCCCGAAUGAUGGCAGAGGGGAGCUGAAUAUCUCUGCAGUGUCACAGUCACACGAAGGUUUCUACAAGUGUGAACAUUCAGGAAACGUUUCAACACAGAGUUGGAUGGCAGUAAAAUCGGUGUCCAGAACAGAGAGUUCUUCAUUUCUUUUUCUGGUUUGGUUGCUGGUUCCUGUAAUUUUACUGAGUUUUCUUCUGCUGCUGUUGUGUCUCUACAAGAAGUCAAAAGAUUCAUGCUGUAUCAGGUUGGUACAUCUCUGUUUCAUUUUAACCAUAAACCAUCAGUUCUUCUCUUUUCUGUGUUCGAUUAACUGUAUUUAUUGUGUUUAA